UUAACGAGAUUCUGAGCUUAGAAGAAGAGAGAGAGGGUCUACAAAACUGAAGUCCUUUCUCUCGCCGUGGAACGUGGAGUUUUCGCCACAUACAUUCGGCUGGGGCUGUUGAUUGUGACAUAUAAGUUGGCUCUUUCAAGUUUCAGUAAUUUGUCUCAUACUGAUUUCCGAGCUUAGGCCUUUUUCUACAGAUUGUUGAAGAUUCUGCCGCAAAUUUCUUGGAAAUUUGAUUCUCUUCGCGACUAGCUAGAUAGAUCGGCUGAAAUAGAUUGUUAUGAGAAUACGGAGACACUAGACAUUUUGGCAUAUGAAGCUUCUUAAGUCAUGGAUAUGGAUGGGGAUACAAGGAAGGAUGAUGAAACAGCUUCCAUUUAUGGUGAUAAUUUGUAUGGUUAUGUUGCUCGUUGUAUAUAGGACAACCAAUUAUCAAUAUCAACAGGCAGAGAUUGAGUCAAGGCUGUACCCGUUCUACUCAUUUAAAGAUUUUGGUGUGGAUUCUAAACGCUUAAAUGGCUUACCACGCGGAAUCAUACAAGCUAGGUCUGAUUUAGAGCUGAAACCUCUGUGGUCACCUAGAAGUUCCAGGGAAAAGGUUGAUGAAUCCAGGUCUCACAACUUGUUGGCUAUGCCAGUUGGUGUAAAACAAAAGAGGAAUGUCAAUAUUGUUGCGCAGAAGUUUCUUGCAGAGAACUUUACCAUUAUGUUAUUUCAUUACGAUGGUCGUGUGAAUGAAUGGAGUGAUCUUCCGUGGAGUAGGGAGGCCAUACAUAUAGCAGUAAAUAACCAGACAAAAUGGUGGUUUGCUAAACGCUUUCUACAUCCUUCUGUUGUUUCGGUUUAUGAUUACAUAUUUCUCUGGGAUGAAGAUUUAGGAGUGGAGAAGUUUCAUCCUGGAAGGUACUUGAAAAUUGUAAAAUCAGAAGGGCUUGAAAUAUCUCAGCCAGCAUUAGACCCAUCAAAUUCAACUGAUAUACAUCAUAAAAUUACAAUCAGGAGGAAGAAAAAUAAAUUUCACAGAAGAGUGUGGGAAGCCAGGGGCGGUACAAAUUGUUCAGAAGCUAGUGAGGGGCCACCAUGCACCGGAUUCGUUGAAGGAAUGGCUCCAGUGUUUUCAAAAUCUGCUUGGCAGUGUGCUUGGCAUCUGAUACAGAAUGAUCUAGUUCAUGGUUGGGGGAUGGACAUGAAACUUGGAUAUUGUGCACAGGGGGAUCGAACUAAAAAAGUUGGCAUAGUAGAUAGUGAAUAUGUUAUUCAUCUGGGCAUUCCAACUUUGGGUGGUUUGUCUAGUACUAGUAAAAAGAAUACAAAUACAAACUCUAAUGAAUCAACUAAGAGACGAGCAGUUAACGGUCGAGCUGAGGUAAGGAGACAAUCAACAAUAGAGCUACAGAUGUUCAAGAAGCGAUGGGAACGAGCGGCGGAGGAGGACAAGAGCUGGGUUGAUCCUUUUAGUAAACGUAAACGUAAACGGAGGAGGCGAAGUGGUUCUCUCAAACUUACCGAGAAAUUGUAAAUCUUUUUGUUAAUUUUAUUUAUUAAUUUUAGGUUAGAUUUAUCGUGAAUUAAAAUGAAAGGAAAGGAAAGGUUAGGAUAGUUGAUUUUAGCGUAGUAGAGGACAAUUCAAUGGUUAUAAAACAUGGAAUGGAAGUUUCUCAAUGACCAUGGCCUACAA